AUGCACGAAGAGGAAGCAGCAGCGAUUUCUUCUUCUUCAUCUUCUCACUGUGGUGCUUCUUCGGGUCGAUCCGUCCUCAUCAUCACGAGCAACCACAGUCAUUCAUCAACUACCACUACCACUCAAGGAGAACUUGUCAAUAAUAAUUGCAAUACUCAUGGAGAGGAUGAUUUUAUGAGGGAGUUGAAUGAAAUGUUUCAUAACCAACAACAAUCAACACAAGAGCAUUCGGAAAUGAAAAACCUAUUGAUUCAAGAAUUGGAACCAACUAUGCGUAACAACUGUAAUAUCAAUCAACAUCAUCAUCAUGACGAUACCAUUAAUUCCGAUCCGACAAGCAGAACCAACAACAACAACAAUACUCCACAACGAAAGUCUCACCGGAAUUCCUUUGAAUGUGUUCUAUGCAGCAGCACGUUUCAUAAGAAGUCUCAAUUAAGAGCCCACAUUCUUGAAAAACACUCUGCAGUGCUUGAACAGGAGAAUCAAGAAGAACUGGAAAAAGGAGAAGAUACUUUAGCUGAUGAGAUGCAUCUUCGGGAAAUUAAUCCUGAUGUUCCUCAACAACAUCAUUCUUAUCACUUGUUGGAGGAAGAAGGCUUUACUAUUGAUUCACCUUUUUUGGAAUUAUCGGAUUUGGACGAAUUCAAUUCUAUAUUUUCAGAAUUUUCGAAUGGUGAUGAAUUAAAUCAAGAAAAAGUUGAAAAUGAAGAAAAACUAGUCCAGGAAGAGUCACCAUCUCUCUCAGAAGAACCAGUGGUCAUCUCACUCUAUAAGUGCACACAUCCAUCAUGUGGAAAGGAAUUUACAUCUAAGGGAAAACUUGACAAACAUUUAAAGAAACAUGAAGAAAAGAGACACUUGUGUGGAUUCCCAUCGUGUAGAAAAACAUUUUCAUUCAGACAUGAAUUAUUGGAACAUAUCAAACUGAAACAUUCUCCAAAACAAAGUGUUUGCAUCAUAUGUAAUAAGGAGUUUAAAGAUUUGCAAGCAUUACAAGUGCAUUUGAGAACUAUUCACAAGAACGAGAAGAAAGUAUUUCGGUGCCACCAUGAAGAUUGCAACAAGUGCUAUACUAACAAGCGAAAUUUAGACGAUCACAUCAAGACAACACAUUUGAAAACGAAACAAUUUAAAUGUGACAUUUGUCAACGAGUGUUAAAACACAAAGCUAGUUUAAGAAGACAUUACAAGAAUGUACACAAUCAGGUGUAUGUGGAUCCCGUAUCUACUCCACUCACUUCUGAAGGAGAAGUUUCAGAUACCAUCUUUACAGAUGUGACAAGUCAUUCAACGAAUGAAAAUGACACCAGUGAAUUUUCCAUUCCCCACAACACUAAAGAAACAAACAAAAAGAAGAGAAAGAAGAAAACAAUUCAACAACAAGAAGAACCCAAAAAAUCUUCCUUCUCUGGUACCAGUGCCACUGCCACCACCACAAGCUCCUUUGAAAGCAGUGAAGAAUUCUUUAACGAUGACGAGAGCCAAUCGAAUUCAAGAAAAAAGAUUAAGGUUGGAACUGUGUAUUUGGACCGAAUUAUUGGAACUGAAGCAAAUGUGUAG